AUGAGUGUCCCAGACCAGAUCGUCCCGUCGUUGGACACGGUGAAGGAUGUGCUGGCUAAGCAGCAAGGACCGAAGAAACCGAAUCUCGUGCCGCUGUACGGCCAGAUCUCUUCGGACCUGAUCACGCCCUCCUCGGCGUACCUGAAGGUCGUGGCUCACACGAAGUCGCCGUACUCUGUCCUCUUUGAGAGCGCUGCGUCCGAGCAGGUCGGCCGGUACAGCUUCGUCGGGGCGGGCCCGAGGAAGAUCCUGAAGACCGGCGAGGGCCACGGCGAGUCCUGCGAUCCGAUCCCUGCGCUGGAGAAGGAGCUCUCUCAAUAUUUUGAGCCGAAGACAGCUCGGCCUAUGAAGGAUGUCCUGCAGAUUCCGGAGUCACUUUUUCACUUCUAUGAUACCAUAAUAGCCUUCGACCGCUUCUUUGGCGUCAUCAAGGUUAUUACCUAUCUGCGAGUGCCAGAGAACCCAGCCGACAUCGACAGCGAGUACGCCAAGGCGACGACUGUCAUUGAAGAUCUUGUUGGCGUCCUCGAGGCCCCCGAGACUCCCUUGCCGGAGCAGAAACCCAUCCAGCUGGGCCGUGAAUACACGUCCAACAUUGGUCAGGACGGAUACGAAGGUCAUGUCAAGAACCUGAAGAAGCACAUCAUUGUGGGAGACAUUAUCCAGGCUGUCCCAUCCCAACGCUUUGCACGGCCCACGGAUCUGCACCCUUUCAACGUUUACAGGCACCUUCGCACCGUCAACCCUUCGCCGUACCUCUUCUUCAUCGACAAUGGUGACUUCCAGAUCAUCGGUGCAUCCCCCGAACUGCUCGUCAAGGAAGAGGCCGGCCGGAUCAUAACCCAUCCCAUCGCCGGUACCGUCAAGCGGGGCAAGAACCCCGAGGAGGACGAGCGCUUGGCCGCAGAGCUGGCGAACUCCCUCAAGGACCGCGCAGAACACGUCAUGCUGGUCGACCUGGCGCGCAACGACGUCACGCGCGUCUGCGAUCCGCUGGAGACCCGGGUCGACAGGCUGAUGGUCGUAGAGAAGUUCUCGCACGUCCAGCAUCUCGUGUCCCAGGUCUCGGGUGUCCUCCGGCAAGGCAAGACGAGGUUCGACGCCUUCCGCUCCAUAUUCCCUGCCGGCACGGUCUCCGGCGCCCCCAAGGUCAAGGCCAUGGAGCUGAUCGCCGAGCUGGAGAAGGAGAAGCGUGGCGUCUACGCCGGCGCGGUCGGGUACUUCGGCUACGGCAGCGUGUCUCCGUCUGGAGAGGAGAAGGAGGGAGCUAUGGACACCUGCAUCGCUCUUCGCACGAUGAUGACCAAGGAUGGCGUAGCGUACCUGCAAGCUGGCGGUGGUAUUGUGUUCGACUCGGACCCGUAUGAUGAGUGGAUGGAGACAAUAAACAAACUUGGCGCGAACAUGCAAUGCAUCACCUCCGCCGAAAAGAUUUACGUGCAUCGUCAGGCGAAGGGAGCGCAGUAG